AUGUUAUCUGGGUGGAGUACAAAGGAAAAAUUGGCUUGUCCAUGUUGUAAUGAUGAAACUUCUUCUAUAUAUCUGAAACAUAGCCACAAGACUAUUUAUAUGGAUCAUCGAAGGUUUUUACCCAUGAACCAUCCAUGGAGACAUAAUAAAAGAUCUUUCAAUGGGAAAACUGAACUUAGGUCUCCACCGCAGUUGUUAGAUGGAACAACUGUAUUUUAUAUAUUGCAAGGGGUAGAUAAUUCUUUUGGGAAGAAGCAAAGGAGAUCAAAGAAUGGCAUUUCAAAUUGGAAAAAGCGGUUAAUCUUUUUUGAUUUACCAUAUUGGAAGUUCAACAUGUUUAGACACAACCUUCAUGUCAUGCACAUAGAGAAGAAUAUAGUUGAUAGCAUAAUUAGAACUCUUUUGGAUAUUUCUAGAAAGACAAAAGAUCAUGCAGCUGCGCGUUUUGACCUUAAAGACAUGGGUAUCAGGAAAAACCUUCAACCAAGAGAUACGAAUGAUGACGGCAGCGCUUCCAAUAUCGCUCGAUGUGUGCAGCAAACAGAAAAGAAGAUUUCUGGUUACAAGACCCAUGAUGCUCAUUUCAUGUUACAUUACUUGUUGCAAGUACCGAUCAAGAGCAUACUUCCUGACCAUGUUGCCAUUGCUUUAGUUCGCUUAUGUUCAUUUUUUCGCCGGAUAUGUCAGAAGGUAAUUAGCCUAGAUGAGGUAGUUAACUUAGAAGCAGAGAUUGCUGAGACAUUAUGCCAAUUGGAGAGGAUUUUUCCUCCAAGCUUUUUUGACAUAAUGGUGCACUUGUCUAUCCAUUUGGCAAAUGAAGUGAGGUUAGGUGGUCCAGUUCAAUAUCGUUGGAUGUACCCUGUUGAACGAUAUAUGUGCACACUAAAAUCGUAUGUUCGUAACAGAAGUCGUCCAGAAGGAUCCAUUGCCGAAGGAUAUUUGGCGAAUGAGUGUAUUAAUUUUUGCUCAAGAUAUUUGCAUGAAGAUGUCCAGACAAGACUCAACAGAGUCCCUCGAAACAAUGAUGAGUGUGUUUCAGAUGAGCUGCGAACUCCGAGUUUGUUUCUAAGCAAAGGAUGUCCUUUGAGUGGAAAAAUGGGAGAUUUGUUCAUGUUAGAUGAAAAAUCAGAAAUACAAGGUCAUGCAUACAUCCUAAACAAUUGUGAUAAGAUCGAAGUCUACAUGAGAGAGCAUGAGGAGGCAGUAAAUGACAACAAUCCACGAAGAACAAAGUGGGAGAAAGCCAAAGACCAUAGUCAACAGUUCUUAGAAUGGUUUAAAACUCGUGCCAUGAAAAAGGAUGUGCCUGGUUGGGUAAAAGGGUUGGCUAGGGGUCCAAAUAGAGUUGCAAAAAGAUUUUCAGGUUAUGUUAUCAAUGGGUAUAGGUUCCAUACAAGGCACCAUGAUGCAAGACAUAAAACCCAAAAUAGUGGUGUCACAUUGGAGGCAUUAACUUCUAGUUUUGCUACUGUGAAAGAUAAGAACCCAAUUGAAGCAAAAGUAACCUACUAUGGUAGAAUAGUUGAUAUGUUUGAAUUAGAUUAUUAUGGCCAAUUUAAGGUAGUCCUGUUUAAGUGUGAGUGGUAUACAGUUGCAAAAGACAACUUUGGCCUCUCAUAUGUGUAUUUCAGUAAAAAAUGCUACCAAGAAGAACCAUUUGUCCUAGCAUCCCAAGUAAACCAAUGCUUUUAUGUGCAAGACCCAUAUGUGAGUGACAAACACUAUGUUAUGAAAACAAUUCCAAGAGAUUUAUUUAGGAUAAGUGAUGACCUUGAGUCUGAUUCCCCCAUAAUAUAUGCAAGGGAGCCAUGUGAACCUGAAGUGAUUCCCAGUCUCCCAAAUGAUAAUGGCGAGGUUGAUCUAGUGAGGAAUGAUCUACGAGCAACUAUUAUAGAUGUGGCUCCAAAUAUGUUUGCCAAACAACGUGGUGAGGAAGAUGAUGAGGAAAGUGAAUACGAGUACAUAGAGGACUCUGAUUCUGAAACUUCUUGA